AUGACUGAUGGGUCACGGCUGCUCUCACUGCUCACUGCUCCAAGGUCCGUUUCACUUGUCAUCAACGCGGGUAUCAUGCUGCCAGUACUCUUUGGCGCCCUGCUGGGCGCAGGCCCAGCAGCAGCUACCUCACUGUUUGCUGACGAGUGCCCGGCUGACGCCCCUUUGAGCUGCCAUGCCAAUGGAGACUAUAAGGACACUUGCUGCUUCAACAGUCCGGGAGGCCAGCUACUGCUUACUCAAUUCUGGGACACCGACCCUUCCACUGGCCCUGCCGACAGCUGGACGAUUCACGGCCUGUGGCCUGACAAUUGCGAUGGGAGCUACGAACAGUUUUGCGCUCCUCAGCGUGAGGUCAGCAACAUCACUGAGAUCCUCACACAGAGCGCUCCCUGCACGCUCAAGUACAUGGCGAAGUACUGGAAGGACUACCAUGGAGACGAUGAGGACUUUUGGGAGCACGAGUUCAACAAGCACGGCACGUGUAUCAGCACGCUUGAGCCCGAUUGCUACGCGGACUUUGAGGGUCGCCGCGAUGUGGUUGACUUCUUCAAGCGCGCUGUGAUGCUUUUCAAGACACUGCCUUCAUACAACUGGCUCGCUGAAGCUGGGAUUUUGCCCUCGUUGACCGCGACCUACACACUCGCUCAAAUCCAGGAGGCUCUUACUGCUCAGCAUGGGCAUAAUGUCAUCAUCAACUGCAACAACAACAACGAGAUCAAUGAGUUGUGGUACCACUACAACGUUAAGGGUUCUAUCCAGGAGGGCGACUUUAUCCCAGCCGAGCCUGUAGGGUCGCCCUCUACAUGCAAGGCGACAGGCAUCAAGUACCUGCCCAAGUACACCACCGGGCCUCCUAGCACCACUACGACAACCACCUCCGUGCCUAUCCCCACUGGCUCUCCCUCGCAGCUCUCGGGCAAGGGUCGUUUCUAUGUGAGCACAGACGCCGAUUCUUCUGGCGGCUUUCUGAUCAGCAGUGGAACCUGGUACCGAGGAGGUGGUACGCCGGCCACUUACACGGCCACUCCCAAUGCCGAUGGCGAGACCUUCACUCUGUCCACCAGCAAGGGCCCUUGCGCCGUCCAGGCGGAUGUGUUGAACUGCGCCGCAUCUGUCUCUGCUUCGGACGCUAGCUUUUUUGGCUGGGACGGCUCGUAUCUCACAUACGAUGAUUCAAACACCUUCUAUGCCACCUCUCUGCCCUCAGGCACCACACAGGGUGUCGUCUAUACUGUUCCAAAGGCUGUGGAGAUCCGAGCAUCUUGGAUCCAGUCAUGA